UAAUACCGCGAGAGCGAUUUGAAAGCGGUCCUUUCGUGCCAAUCUCGCGGUACAGUGACGUCAUUCUCCAAUCGGUCUGUGCGCAAGCGCAGAUUCACCUAAUUUUGAACACUCGUGUGCCCUCGUGGUUGUUUGUGUUCAUUAUUUUACUGUAGUUUAUAAUGACAUUAUGCACGAUACAAGUUUCGAUUGCUAGGUUUUAAUAUGGAGAAACCCGGGCGUCGUUGUGGUAGAAGAGCAAGGAGCAAAAGACGACGAAAAAAACGCGAUAAUGUCCCACAAGUUACGCUUUCUCACGAGGCUCAGUUUGUUCAUUUGAGGAAAUGGCUGAAUGAAAGAGGGUUUACUUCUCAGUCUCUCAUCCCUGUCAACUCCCAUGAUACAGGACGGGGGCUUAUGUCUACUCGCGCUAUCAAGGCUAAUGGCAAGGUGAUUUCCUUACCCGAGAACUGCUUACUGACCACCAGCACAGUGCUUAGAAGUUACAUGGGGGAUUAUAUAAAAAGUAUGCAGCCGCCAAUAUCUCCUCUCCUGGCUCUUUGUUGUUUCCUUAUUGCUGAGAGACAUUUUGGAGAUGCAUCAGACUGGAGUCCAUACAUCAAUAUCCUUCCAAAGACAUACACGUGCCCUGUGUACUUCCCCGAUGACAUCAUUGGCCUCCUGCCUGGGAGUCUCCGGAUAAAAGCCGCAGAGCAGAAAGAAAAAUUUCAGGAUCACUAUUCCUCCUCGCUUACGUUUUUCCGUUCCCUCCAGCCACUUUUUAGCCAGCCAGCAGAGAAGCUGUUUACCCAGGAUGCACUGCGGUGGGCUUGGUGCAGCGUUAACACUCGUACGGUGUAUAUGGAGCAUUAUCAGAGUAACUAUCUUUCCCGGGAGAAGGACGUUUAUGCGCUCGCACCGUACCUUGACCUGUUGAACCACUGUCCUAAUGUCCAAGUUGAAGCCAGCUUUAAUAAAGAAACCCGCUGCUAUGAGAUUAAAAGUGUUAAAGGCUGUAAAAAGUUCCAGCAGGCGUUCAUCAACUACGGACCUCAUGACAACCAUAGACUGCUUUUGGAAUAUGGCUUUGUCGCUCCUGACAAUCCCCAAAGUGUAGUAUAUGUUGAUUUAGAAGUUCUACAAUUGUGCUAUGAUAAAAGAGACAAACAGCUAGCACAGAAACUACUGUACCUAAAGGACAAUGAUUUUCUAAGUAAUUUGACCUUCAGUAUGGACGGCCCUUCCUGGCGACUGAUGACUGCAUUAAGACUUCUGUCUUUAAGACCAGAGCAAUAUUCUAGUUGGAAAAAUGUCCUCUUGGGGGCAUCAGUGAGCCAGGAGCAGGAAGAUUGGUGCAUUAACUGUGCCCUAAAGCUUUGCAAUAACCUCAUUGAAGACAGUGUCAAUGCACUAGAGAGGCUAUCUCAGCUCAAAGAUGAUACGGACCUGUCUCGCCUCGAGCAACUGUGUGUGGUGGAGAGCCUGAGACAAGAGGAGCAAAGGAUCCUGGAACACACACGAGUGCUUCUACAAAACCUCCAGAGACAAUAGUCACUGUGGUAACAGUAGGGAACUUUGAACAUCGAGAAGCAAGAAGCUUCAUGCUGCCAAGAUGUAAAAGCAAGCCAAGACUGAGUAAAGAGCCAGCAGAUACAACCGACAGUCUUUAACCCAAUCCUAUCCAGAACUACAGCAGACAUAAAGCCCAAAAUAUUUGAAACAUAAAAUAUUGUUGUCUCAAGCUCAUAUUAGAGAAUUUUGUUCCCUUUCUAAAUACUAUAAAAGCAUAUAGUGAUCAAGGGCGAUCAAGCUUGUCCAAAAAGCAACAUAAAACUCUUCCCAUCUGCCACAUUUAAAAAACUGUUUCUUAUGCAAAUGUCUAAAUGCGCUUUGGGAAUUACUCUGGAGGGGAUGAUUUUAAUAUGGUUUCAGAAGAUUUGAAAUACAAAGGCAGCAUGGACAAAUUUUUGUGGUAAUGCUAAAUGGACCACAGUACUGAAUUAAUCAGCAUGAACAAAUAUAUUUUUCUUCUGAACAUCAGUCUGACAGAUGGAAAAUAUGCAUCCUGUGGACAGUGAAGACCUAACAAAAAGUCUCUUUGCUGUGCAUUUGGAAGGAGACCGGCAAUUAUCAAAUGCAUUUUUAGACUGAUUCAGGUCAGCAUUAUCUAUUCUUUCUAUACAGAGCAAACCCUAAUAAUGGGCAAGAGAAACAGGAUCAGGAUCUUAAUAAUCCACUGGGAAUGCUAGAAAAGGGAAAAUCUUAUCUAAAUCAGAUUUCAUGCAUUCUGACUCAUUAACAAGGUUUAAGAUUUGGAUUACUCAUGCUAGACCUAUGCAAAGUGUCAAAAAAGCAAAAAGUAUUUUUGUGCGAAUACACUUUACCAGGGUUCGUACAGGUUUUGGAAAGUUUUUUUCAGAACGUAAGAUAACAAAGUCUUUUAUGGGCAUUUUCAGUGCAGGAAUUCCUUAUAUGGGCACUUUAACAAGAAUAGCGCACACACACGCCAACCAAGAGCUGACACAAAAACAAUGUCACCGAAAAGUGUGGUGUUGUCUAUGAUGGAAAUUUAAGUAUAUUCAGCUUUUCAAAGAACACACUCUUAUGGAUACACUGAAUAUUGUUUGUUUAUCCGGGAUUGCAGAGGAGUUGUGCGUGUGUUUGUUGAAAUGGGCGGUCCCAAUCGGGUCAUGAGUCGCAGGCGGUAAGUAAAACUGCAUCAAAUGUCUGUUUUGUUGGCAAUCGGCACGCAAGUGCUUAUAAUGUAAACGAAAUUAACAUGUAUUGAAACAUAAGUUAUUCAGAGAUAGAGGGGUAAUGUUUUUUGUGUGUUGCUUGCUCGUGACUCGGUACGCCUACAGGGGGUCGGGUAUAUUCGGAAAGAAUCAGUACAGCUGGUCUUUCUUUUAUAAAUCUGAUAAAACUUAAAGCUCACGUAACACACACUGUUUCUGCAUUUCUGAUGUUAAUCUGGAGUACCUAUAGAUGAGUAUUACAUCCUUUAUAUCUCUGGAGUCUUUAGUUUAAUCAAUUUAUAAAAGAAAAAUUUGCGUACGAAAAAAUGAAGGAGGAGUUACUACCGCAGGAGGAGCCAGUACGAGUCAUGCAACACUAUACAACACUGUUUAACUUAUGAUUCACUACAUGUUCGUUUCAUUUAUAUAAUAUGCACCACGCCUAUUUUGCUAUUUUUUCCAACAUACCGCAUGCAACUCAUGACCCAGUUGGGAAAAUCCAGCGCAUCAAACACACACGCAAAACUCCGCUGCUACCCCGGAUAAUAAACUAUAUCCAUUGUUUCCAUAAGGCUGGCUUUCUUCUCCUUACAUCCAAAUACACACUUUUCUUUCGUGCCAUUGUUGAGUUUUAAAAAAUUAAACAAGGCUGUCGCGUGAUGUGAUGUUUGUAAGUUCUAGCGUCUCCUGGUGAUUGACGGGUGGGUGGGGUUUUCUGUGGGAAGUGCCCAUAAAUAGAAGUGAUACGUAUUGAAACCCCUGAAACGUCAGCUGGACCUGUAAUCGGAAAAAACUUGUACGAACCCUGGCGAAGUCGAUUCAGCACAUAAGUACUCUGUAACACCCCCAACUACUUUUUUGAUACUUUGCCUACGUUUAGCAGUAGGAAACCAACUCUAUAACUGUGUUAAUAAGUCAGAAUUAGGGUUGCUUAACGAUUAAUCGCGAUUAAUUGUUAGCAGAAUAAAAGUUUUUGUUUACAUCACAUAUGUGUGUAAACUGUGUAUAAUAAAUAUGUAUAUAUAUAAAUAUGAACACAUUCAUGUAUAAUUUUAAGAAAACAAAUCUAUAUAUUAAGUAUUUAUAUUUAUAUAUAAUAUAAAUUAUAGAUAAAUAUACAAAUGUAUAUACACAUGUAAACAUUUCUAAAACAUAUACAUGCAUGUGUUUACAUUUAUUUAUACAAAGUUAUUAUACACAGUUCACACACAUAUAUGAUGUAAACAAAAACUUUUAUUCUGCUA